GUGGGUGUAAUUACACUGCCAGGGUUAGCUAACUGGUUUGUAGUGCUAGUCGCUAAAAAAUAAACAAACAUGGAGGAUGGACUUGGUUGGCUUGUCAUUCUAGCUUGUUCGCUAGCUAGAUUUUGGUUUUGCUAACCCAGCUGUGAGAGCUGAAUAGCAAGUUUUAGAUCGCAAUCACACGUGUUCCUGUUUACUAAUUUCCUGAAGUUCAACACAGAUUUCCAUAUGCUAACGUUUAGUCGGCCGCGAUUUCUAUCGCUAGUUAGCCAUAUGAGCCGGAUUCACUUUACAUGCUAUCCAUCUCGCGGUUAUAUUGGCUAUUUUGCGAAUGAUGUGUUAAAAUUGAACCCUCAAGUAACUCCAUGAUUAGUGUGCCUGCCUAAUGGGCAUAGAAGCUGAGAAGUCUCUGUAGGACAGCGCAUCACCAUGGAUGGACAAACCCAGAGGAUACAGUUGGUGUCUGCAGAUGGCGGCAUGGCCCUGGGGCACCGAAUACAGAUUGUGACAGACCAGCAGACAGGGCAGAAGAUCCAGAUCGUCACAGCGUUUGAUCAGGCCCCGGCCGGAAGGCAGCAGUUCAUCCUGGCCAAGCAGGAGCCGUCUCCGGGCAAGGUCAUCCUCACCACCCCCGACGGCAACGCCGUCAACCAGCUGCUCUUCGCCUCUCCGGAGCUGGCUGGGCAGCAGAUCCAGUUUGUGACAGACGACGGCUCGGACCAGUCGCUUGCCAAACCAGUUGUGGAGUACUGCGUCGUUUGUGGAGAUAAGGCCUCAGGCCGUCACUACGGAGCGGUUAGCUGCGAGGGCUGUAAGGGCUUCUUCAAGCGCAGCGUGAGGAAGAACCUGGUGUACACCUGCCGGGGCACGGGCGAGUGCGUCAUCAACAAGCACCACCGCAACCGCUGCCAGUACUGCCGUCUGCAGCGCUGCAUCUCAUUCGGCAUGAAGCAGGACUCUGUGCAGUGCGAGCGGAAGCCGGUGGAGGUGUCCCGGGAGAAGCCGGUUAACUGCGCCGCCUCCACAGAGAAGAUCUACAUCCGGAAGAACCUGUGCAGCCCGCUGGCGGCUACACCCACCUUCGUGACGGACAAGGAGACUGCCAGGUCCACUAGUGUACUGGAGUCUGGUAUGUUGUUGAACAUCCAGCAGCCGUUUCAUAAACUGGAGAACACCAUCAUGGUCCCAUCCUCCCCGGAGAAGUAUGACCCCUGCCAGGAUGACCUGAGCACACUGGCCAAUGUGGUGACCUCGCUCGCCCACCUGAGCAAGGCGAGGGAGAUGAGUGACAGCAACACGGACCUAUCGCUGAUGGAGACGCUGAGCAACGGUGAUGGGUCCCUGACCGAGGUCCCAGCAGAGGAGCAGACUACCAGCGACAUCUCGCGAGCGUUCGACACCCUGGCCAAGGCGCUGAAUCCGGUGGAUAACUCCGCGGGGGAGGCCAUGGAGGCCAGCAUGCACCUGGUGUCAGGCGACCAAUCUGGGAGCGUGGUGGAGCUGGAGGGCCCUCUACUCUCAGACAUGCAUGUCCCCUUUAAGGUAAAGCUGAUGAUGCCGCUGCCGGUGCCGGAGUACCUGAAUGUGAAUUACAUCUGUGAGUCGGCCUCGCGACUACUCUUCCUCUCUAUGCACUGGGCACGCUCAAUACCUGCCUUCCAGGCCCUGGGCCAGGACAACAACAUCAACCUGAUGAAGGCAUGCUGGAACGAGCUGUUCGCUCUGGGCCUGGCGCAGUGUGCUCAUGUGAUGAACGUGGCGACUAUCCUGGCCGCCAUCAUAAAUCACCUGCAGAACAGCCUGCAGGAAGAUAAACUGUCUCCUGAGCGGGUGAAGCUGGUGAUGGAGCACAUCUGGAGGAUGCAGGAGUUCUGUAACAGCAUGUCCAAGCUGGCCCCCGACGCCUACGAGUACGCCUACCUCAAAGCCAUCGUCCUCUUCAGCCCCGACCACCCAGGUAUUGAUAACACCCUGCAGAUCGAGAGCUUCCAGGAGAAGGCUUACAUAGAGCUGCAGGACUAUGUCACCAGGACGUACCCCGAGGACACAUACCGGCUGUCGAAGCUGCUCCUCCGCCUGCCCGCCCUGAGGUUGAUGAGCGCGGCGGUCACAGAGGAGCUCUUCUUCGCCGGCCUCAUCGGCAACGUGCAGAUCGACAGCAUCAUUCCCUACAUCCUCAAGAUGGAGUCCACCGACUACAACAGCCAAGUCUGCACCCCUGUCAUCCAGUAAUGCGCCUGCCAGCCACGCCCAGUCUCCUGGCAGAUUGUGGACACUGCUGUGUAAACUAGCAGUCAGAUUUAGUGCCUCAGUGCAUACGUUCUGAACAUUCAAGUGUCAAAUAGUCAUCGAAGAGUCACCUGGACAAUGAAAUCUCCUGACUAUAAACUGUCAUUUUCUGUCCGCUCAAUCAGCUAAAUUGCUUUUACUCUAUAGCAACCAGUCUAUCACCUCAGUUAUCUAUACAAUGGAAUCUGCAGACUGGAUUAUAAAUUCAAACAUGUAGACUGAAACUGCUGGUCCCUGUAGCAAAAAAAGAUUGUGGUCCUUCACUUUGUGAAUGAGGCUCAAAUGGUAUUGGACUACACUUGCAGAAGAUCUAGACAAGCCUAUAUCUAGAAGAUGAAGAAGCCUUGGUUUUACUUUCUUUUCUUUUUUUUAAACUCCCCUGAAGCCUUUGUGUUAAUACAGUCACUUGUGUGUGAAUCAAUCAUGGAAUAUGAUCAUUCUGUUUGACUUUGGAAGGUUUCAUGUCUAGUGUCCUUGUUUAUUUUCCCCUUUCUUCUUCCUCCUAAUUGAAAUCAUCGGUUGUACCGUGCUUUCGUGAAACCGCUGAGUCAUCGCCCGCAUCUGUGACAAGGAGCACUGCCGUUGGAGUGUGUUCAUUACCCAAACUUUACCUAAGAGUGUUUCCCACUCACUGCACGAGUGCUGGUUAGGACUGGAGGAGAGGCACACUUCUCUGACAGCUGGUAACCUCUUAGUGCCCGGUAGGUAGCCGGGAGGUGCUCGUGCAGUGUUAUUUACUCAUUUUUGAAGACUUCGGUCUCACCAAAUCCUCAAGAAAGUAUAUGCGUAUAUAUAGACAACGGAACAUAAUCCAGUUUUCUAUUUGAGAGUAAUGCUCGCAUUGUGACGUCAGUGGCUUGGACCUGCACACAGGGUGCUCUUGUGUAUAUAUAAAUAUGUAUAUAUAAUUAAGGAAAAGACUAUCAAGGCCCAUGGUGAUUUGCACAUGCACCCAUGAACUUUGAAACAUGUUGAUGGAAUUGCUUAACGAAAUAAAACAUCUUGAGAGAA